GCAUGCGUACGCCUGGCAAAUGGCAACCAUUCUAUUUCGUAACAAAUCGGGUAACGUUCUAUUUGGAGUGGUUUCUGAAUGUAUUAGAUAAUUUUCAGAAUGACAGAAGUGAAAAAAGACGAUGUUGUCAAAAUUCUACACACUUAUCCACUCUGCAGAAAAUGCGAUAUGUCUGAUGAGAUGAAACAAGAAGCUAUGGAAUUAUGCGUGACAGCUGCAGAAAAAUAUGCCGAUAAUUAUGAGAGUGUUUCUCGAAUGAUCAAAGAAACGAUGGAUAAAAAAUUUGGAGCUUCAUGGCAUACAGUUGUCGGUGAAGGUUAUGGAUUCGAGAUAACGUAUCAAUUAAAACAUUUGUUAUACAUGUACUGUGCUGGUAAUUUAGCAAUAUGUAUUUGGAAAUCUGCAUAAUUUAAUUUAUUCAAAAAUUAGAGAAAUCAUUUUUUUUUACAUGUGAUUAAUAUGUAUGUACGAUUUGUGAAUUUUAUGAAUGCUAAUAAGUUAUAUUAAAACUUGUUUUUUCAAG